AUGAACUCUCAACAGAUAGGAAAGUUGGUAGCCUUAAUAGGUGCUCUAUUCCUCGCUCAUUCUGCUUAUUCAACCUAUGAACAUCUUGCAUAUAUCAAAGCUGUAGACCAAGUCAACACUACCCUUCCUAUAGAAAUUAUGACAGAAUGCUUAGCAUCUGCGCUUGUAGCUCUUGUGGGUGUUGUCUUUUCAGUAGACGCGUUCAAGCUUAUUGCAGUAGAAACAGAAGUAGCCAAGAUGACCAUUGAUAAGAUUGACACUCGACCUUCGUUUGUCACAUUCAACCAUCGAAAAGUAGUUUCUACUCAAUCACAGCAAGGUAGAAAGAUCUAA